AUGACGAUGAGUCCCCAGCUGCGACUUGGAUUGUGCCAGAUGCCGACGGAAAUCCGGCGAUGGAUAUACAGCUAUAUCGUCGCCGGCGAAAUGCACCUGUUCCUCCAAGACGGGAAGCUCAGUCUCUGCGAUUGCGUCACACGCAACCCGAGCUCCCAAGACGACGGGUACGAACGCCGAGCCACCGGCGUCCCCUCGCUGGAAGUCGUCUGGGCGCGGCGACUUGCAUCUUCGUGGGGGCCGCACUGGAACUGCGAGGCGCGCAAAGGCGGCGGCAUCGGCCACCUUUCGGGGCUGCUCUACGCGUCGAGACGACUGUACCGUGAUGUGGUCCAGUACUUGGCAGACACCGUCGUUUUCCACGUCGCUGACUUGAACACGCUCAACUGCCUAAGCCUAACCUCCAAGCAGGGCGACGGCUCGUGGGACGGCCUCAGCGAUUGCAUCGCCAAGGGCCUGCACGAGCUAUUCGUAACGUUGAGGCUUCCACUCGAGACGUGUCGGGCUCUGGAGCCCGAUGCAGGCUUCAACAACUCCACAGAGGAGGCGGGCCUUUGGAGGCGCGCAUGGCCGGCCGUGACAAGACUCCCGCGCCUGCGGAAACUCGACGUCGAACUCGACCACACAGACCCAUCGUCCUGGUCCGUCGUCAGCGAGCGCGCCAUCAUGGCGCCCAUCAAAUCCCUCGGCGAAGCUCUCCCGCACCUGACUCUCGUAGCUCAUCUGCCUCACCUCCACCCUUUGUACGAAAACGAUGAGAGACACUUUACGAGUCCAGGCCAGCACGAUGCGCCCAUGGCGAUAUGUCGCCGGGCGCGUCAAAAGUACCAUUGCGUGGAAGACGCCGAUGGGUCCUGCCGCGUGGUCCGGUCCCGGCACGACACGUUUCCCGUCUCCGUUGAGCUGUAUAUACUUGAGAAUAACCUGGUCGACUUUCCCCAGGGCGAAACGCUCCAGCAGAUUGAGGCUCGUGAGCGCGCAAGGUGGAAGGAAGGCAUCGACGUGCAGCAGGAGGUCGAGGAAAUCUUUUCGUGGCUCGAGGACAUGACUUCAGGACAAGAACAUCCGGGAAUCAUGUGA